AUGAAAGAUAUAAAAAAUGUGUCAACUGAGGGAAAACUUCUGAUAUUAUGUCGGUUACUACCGUUUCUAUCCUAUACAUUCCGUUCGCUCCGUUCCUCAACUCAUCACUUGAAUGUACACAAAUUGCUCAUGCGAAAACAAAUCAACAAGUCCACAACACAUCUUGACACCUUCCUCUUUUUCUUCUGCUGGGUGGAUGCAAAUGUGGGACGUCUCCUCCGGUGGGUCCGGAGACCCACUAAAAGCCAUCAGUAG